GUGCGGCACAGAGAUAGCAGAAGCACUAGCUAGCCCGCAAGCCAGCAUGGCGGCGAAGAAAGCCUCCGUGGUCGCCACGCUCCUGGCCCUCAACCUCCUCUUCUUCGCCUUCGCCGACGCCUGCGGCUGCAAGUGCGGCACCUGUCCUAGCCCAGGCGGCGGUGGCGGUGGUGGUGGUGGUGGAGGCGGCAGCGGAGGCGGUGGGGGCGGCACCGGCGGGGGUGGGAGCGGGGGCGGCACCGGCGGGGGCGGCACCGGAGGCGGCGGCACCGGCGGGGGAGGCACCGGAGGCGGCGGCACCGGCGGGGGCGGGAGCGGAGGGGGCGGCACCGGCGGCGGCGGCAGCGGAGGAGGCGGAGGCCAAGGUCGUAGGUGCCCCAUCGAUGCCCUGAAGCUUGGUGUGUGCGCCAACGUGCUACAGGGGCUGAUCAACGUGACCCUCGGGACGCCGCCGCGGACGCCGUGCUGCACGCUGAUCCAGGGCCUGGCGGACCUUGAGGCGGCGGUGUGCCUGUGCACGGCCCUGCGCGCCAACGUGCUGGGCAUCACCAUCAACCUGCCCAUCAACCUGAGCCUCCUCGUGAACUACUGCGGCAGGCGCGUACCCAACGGAUUCCAGUGCUUCUGAAUCGAUCGAUCUACCUAGUAUAUAGCUACUUAAUUAUGAUCCGUCGUCGUCAAUGGUUUGGUUGGUUGGUUGAAUAAGCUAGCGAUCGAUGAGUAGCAGUUUCAGUUUGUGAUCCAUCUAUACAACGUCACAUAUAUAUGGACGACGUACGGAUGCGUCUGCUAUAUAUGUAUGUAUUCGUGUGUACGUCACGUAUACGUGCCCUAUAUAUUAUUUCUGAAUGAAUGAAUGAAGAUGCUUGUCGCCGCGUUGCACGGAUA